AUGAUGAUUCGCGUUUUUCGAAUCAAGCUGCGAGGUCUGAAAAGACAAUUUUUGGUGUAUGUAGGUCGAUGUUUACGAAUUUCUAUACAGAAUGUUGGCACAAAAAUAAAAAUGAAACUGAGCAAAAUCGUGAAAGUUGUGUCCCCAAAUGGUCAGUUUUUUGUUGGCUUUCUCGGUUUUGCCAAUCUACAAAAUUUCAACUACAACGGAGAAUGCUGUGACGGACGGAUGACAGAAACAGGAUGUCUGGACUUCUGCGAUCUUGUUUUCGAGGUUUCGGUUAAAGGAAUUGACAGUGACCCUUCCAGUGGGAAACGUCCAUCUGAAGUUCCAAUAGACAACGACAACGCCAUUUUGUUUCCAACGUCUUACGAAGGAGUUAUUAAUCCCAUGACCUUUGACUUCGGCAAGUGGACGGGACAUGUAAACAUAACAGUCGAUGUCUAUGACAUUGAUGAAAAUGAUGCCGAGACCGCAGCUCCGGAACUUGUUGACAAGUUCCAUUUUAGUUUCAGUCACGAUGGUCCAUCCCUGGAUUUCAUAUACAUGGAACAGACUGGUCAACGAUCGAAAAAUCCUUCCAAACUGCGGAUGGUGUUCCGGUAUGGUUGUGAUCCGUACUAUUAUGGCCAAAAUUGUUCAAUCGACUGUCUAGUUUACCCUAAUAACGAGGAAUGUCCAGACACACCAUUUAACCCUGGACAUACUGGUGUCACUGAUUGGAUGUUGUUGUCGACGACAACACCGAGGGGAACGACGAACAAGCAAUGCGGAUUUACUCGAAAGCCGCAAAGCACAGGGAACGGAAACGACAACGGAAGUCAAUCCGAGUUAUGCGAAAAUGAUACAACACCGUUUACUGAUAGAACUACUGUAGAAGCCAACGGAGGCUCUACAACACAGCGUAUAGGAACCACUACUAAUGGUAGUUUAAGCACUCCUGACAAUAUAACCAUUUCUACCUCGCCACCAUCCGUAACCACAAAGUCGACGGAUUCAUUAGGAACACAGAGCAUGUCCUCCGUAACAAAUAAUGCCAUCAUACAUCACUUCAAAACGACAGCGUCUUCGGCCCCCAAUAAUGUCAAUGAAAGUUUAUCAGCGAUUACGACGGGAACAUCAAACAUUCAUGAUUCAUCUACCUCAAAUAGUUUGCAUACGACAAGUACAUCAAUGCCGAAUAUCUCAUUAACAUCUACGUUAGUCCAGAAUAUAGAUAGUUCGACAAGAGAAAAUAUCGAAAUCAGUACAAAACAGCCUACGUACACUAUGCAUGAAGUAGACUCUGGUACAGGAUCUCAUAUCCACGUGUUGAAUUCCUCAUCAACUACUACUGCUACCAAAGAAAACGAAUUGAAUUUGGGAGGCAGCACCCAGGUCAGCAUCCAAAGUAGCACCGGAAGUCCAAGUAAUAUACAAAGAAGUACCGGAAGUUCAGUUAACAUACAAAGUAGCACCGGAAAUCAAAUUAACAUACAAAGUAGCAUCGGGAGUCAAAUUAGCACCAGUCCAAAAAACGUUGAAAAUAGCAACGGAAGUUCAACAAACAUUCUAAGUGGUAGCACACUCAGUACCAAUAAGGACGGCGCUGACAUCAGACACGUAACACCGUCCAUAGACUACAAAAUAACAACAGAAACAACGACCGAUGCUGGUUUGAAUCCAACAGUUUCCAAAGAUGCUAUGGACUACUGGCCAGCCAUUGUAGGAGGCGUGUUGGGAGCUCUAGUGCUGGUGGCUAUUGUAACCUUCAUAUUCUACUAUAGAAAACAGAAGGCUCUGCUAAAGAGACAGGACAUCUACAACGUAAACCCAAAACGCUGGGCUCUACAACCACCUCUAGAAAACGGUACGACAGAGAAAUCAGAGGUAGCCUUGGAAACAGAACAGGUUUAG